AUGGCCGACGGCGACGCCGACAGCGCCUCCCCCUGGCCGGCGUCGAUCCUCCUAGCCCGGCAGACUUACAUCGCCGCCAGCAGGAACGAGACGACAGCCACGGCCAAGGCGAGGUCGACGACGGGCAACCACACCGUGGAGGUCACCUUCUGGAUCGCGGACCCGCCGGCGGUGUCCUUCUGCACCUGCCACUGCUCCAAGGUCGCCGCCCUGAAGGUACCGCCAGAGGUGGUGGGCGCCCAGGGCAGGUUCGUCCUCCUCCGCGCCGUCUUCGCCUCCGGCUACUACUACAGCAAGGACGACGAGGAGGAGUACUUUGUCUACACGGGCGACCUGAGGUCCCCGUCCCUUGAGAGCAUGCCGCUUCCCGAGGACGAUGACGGGGGGCUGCGCCGAGUCGGCGAGUUCGGGAUCGUGCCCCGCCCCCGCGGCGCGGAUGCCGGCGGCCAUUACCUGCUGGUGGCGCUCCGCAGCGCGGCGAACAGCUUGAAGGAAUACCGGCUCCACGUCUACUCGUCCGAGGACAGGACAUGGAGGAGCAAGGAGGUGGCCAAUCCAUGCCCCCGGGAGUACGCGAUCUGGCCGGACAAGGUGAUCACUGUAGGAGAUGGCGUGCUUGCGUGGGUCAGUUUGCAGCAGGGCAUGGUGGUGUGCGACGUGCUUCAGGAAGAAGAACCCCUCCACGCUCGCUACAUCCCAUUGCCGGCGCCAUUGCCUGAGAACAGACAAGAUACCUAUUUGAAGCAAUUCCGGGAUGUCGCCUGCUGCGUCGAUGGUACCAUCAAGUUCGUGGAGAUGGAGCAGCGUGUGAUCGUGACAGAGAUCAGAGAAGAAGAGCCGCCGCUGGACCCCAGGGACAAGGAUGUGCUCUACGGUUCAGACCUGAUCAAGCUGAGCAAGAGCAAAGGUGUGGAGAAGAAGCCCAAGAUCCUGCGCACGGUGGACGGUUGGAGCGCCAUGACAUGGACCAGGGAGCUAGGGUCCGACUGCUGGCGCAAGGGAAGCAUCGUCGAUGUUGAUGACAUUUCGGUCGAUGACACGGCGUUACGGUCAGGCCAAGGGAUUGAUGAAUCCACUAGAAUCAUGCCAUCCAGGAACCUGUACUCGGCUUGGCCCACCCUGUGCGGAGAUGGUAAUGCCAUUCUUUACCUCGAAUUAUCCAGGCAUUUGACUGAUUCAAGUAGAUGGGUGAUUGCUGUGGAUCUUGCCAAGAAGACACUGAAAGUGGAAGCACCCGGGGAGCACCCUUUUGGAGGAUGCCCCCCUUGGCAGCAAAUAUGCCAUCCCUGCGCAUUGGCGAACCAUCUGAAAAUGACUCCACGCAUUAAAGUCUCAGCAAUCCAGAUCACGCAGAAGGGCAGCUCCGCAAAUGAGCCAAAUAAUACGCCUAUCCGUGCCAUAUGUUGA